AACACCUGUUUAAUUUAAAGUUUGCUGCAAAGGAGCUCAACAGGAACUCAAAAAAAUGCGACAAAGAAGAAAAGGCUGAGAAAGCUAAAAUUAAGAAGGCAAUUCAGAAGGGUAACAUGGAAGUCGCGCGAAUACAUGCAGAAAAUGCAAUCCGCCAAAAGAAUCAAGCCAUUAAUUUCUUGCGUAUGAGUGCCAGGGUAGAUGCUGUAGCAGCAAGAGUUCAGACUGCAGUGACAAUGGGCAAGGUGACAAAGUCAAUGGCAGGGGUAGUUAAGUCUAUGGAUGCCACGCUGAAGAGCAUGAACUUGGAAAAGAUAUCUGCACUAAUGGAUAAAUUUGAGCAUCAGUUUGAAACGCUAGAUGUUCAGACACAACAGAUGGAAGACACAAUGAGCAACACUACUACGCUGACAACGCCACAAAACCAAGUGGAUAUGCUUCUACAGGAAAUGGCAGAUGAAGCAGGUCUUGAUCUGAACAUGGAACUACCUCAAGGACAGACAGGUUCUGUUGGUACAAGCGUUGCCUCGGCAGAGCAGGAUGAGCUGUCACAGAGACUGGCCCGCCUACGUGAUCAAGUUUAAGUUAAAUAAAGCUGCAGUUCUUUGUACAUGCUUUCAAAAUAGCCUUUCCGUAACUAACUCUUCACUACACUAGAGAGGUGUUUACAGUAUGGCUUAUGUGUUUGAAUAUUUGUAAUAUAGGAUACUUCACUCCUAGCUUGCUACUCUUUCUAAAAUACAUUAAGUAACCCCAAAAUAUCAGCUCUCUAAUGUCCUUUUCUGUACAUUUUGAGGUUGAUAUAUUUUUUGCAAGCUUUUUUCACAGAAUCAAGUUGAUAUUCUAAGUCAGCUAGUAAUGUUGGUACAUUCUAGCUAAAAGAAAAGCAGGGUGUCAUUGAUAUAUAUUUUAAAUUAAGUGAUUU